GUCAUAAAUAGUUGCGCAGUCUUUGUUCAGUGGACGAACGUAGGUUAAGUCGAAGCCGAAAAUCAUGUUUUGUAUUUUGUACGUGAAUCGAUCUUAAAAAAAGUGUUCUCCGGGUACUCGUGAAGCCGGUCUAUAUUUAAUUCACAUGAAAAUCCGUAUGUACAUACGAUACUGAUCUAUAUAAUUUGAGGCUGAAAAAUUAUCAAAAUAAAAAUACAAUCUACGUCUGGAGUUGAGGAUCGUUGACUCGUAAUUGACGAUAUAUGACAAACAUAUAUCUAGGAUAAAAAACAGAAAAAUGCUUGCAUGACGUAAUUCGGCGCCAGUUGGGCGGUGCGGCAAAAUUUUUGCUUUUUUGAAGUGACUUCAUCUGCGCACUGACAUACAAAAUGAGUUCCCUCCUGGGAAGUAGAUUUCCUUUUUUUGCCAGUCCUGGGACGCGAUCGUCUGUGGUAAUCCGUCGCCUGCAACAAACAUUUGCAGCUGUAAACUCAUCAAAUGAAAAUACCCAGAUAGGAAACGAUGUCGUUCCUGUGUUUAAACACGCAUCGCGAUUUGCAGACAAAACAGCUCUGCGUGAUGCACAUGGUGAUUAUACUUAUCGAGGCUUGUACCUUAGUUCACGACAGUUCGCUACCCAGAUAACGCAGGCUGUGUCUGCAUCUCGACAAGAAAGAGUAGCUUUUCUGAUGCCAAAUGAUGCGAACUAUGUCAUCACACAGUGGGCAUGUUGGAUGAGUGGCCAAAUUGCUGUUCCACUUAGUUCUUCUCACCCAGCGUCUAUUCUCGAAUACUAUAUUACCGACUCGGAUGCUAAGGUGCUCAUCACAACUCCACAGUUUUUGCCUCUUGUUGAGCCUAUAGCAAAAAGUUCAAAACGACAAUUAAUUGUUCUCGAUGAUACUUUGCGAAUGUUGGCUUUGAAAUUUGAUGGGAAAAAAGCCAAUAAUAGGGGACAGUUUGAAUAUGAAAUAGGAGAUUUACCCGAGGCUGGUAUGGAUGGCGAUUUCUACAAUAAUAGCAAUGCCUUGUUUGUCUACACCUCUGGCACUACGGGCAAACCAAAAGGUGUGGUUCUAAGCCAUAAGAAUAUACAGUCACAAGUGUCUUCACUGGUCGAUGCAUGGAAAUGGACGGAAAAGGACAUAAUUUUACAUACACUGCCUCUUUAUCAUAUACAUGGAAUAGUAAAUGUUCUUCUGUGUCCACUACACGUUGGAGCACGAUGUGUUAUGCUUCCUAAGUUUGAUGCAUCUAGUGUUUGGACUCAACUGCUGGCAGUCAACGUACAAAAUACAGAAAGAGUCAACGUCUUUAUGGCAGUGCCUACAAUCUAUGCAAAGCUCAUACAGGAAUAUGAGCAACGGUUUAACAAAAAUGAGAAGAUGAAGGAAUACAUUCACACAGUAUGCAGCACCAAAAUUAGAUUGAUGGUUAGUGGAUCGGCACCACUUCCUCGUCCUAUAUUUGAACGAUGGGAGGAGAUCACAGGUCACCGCCUAUUGGAAAGAUAUGGAAUGAGCGAAAUUGGUAUGGCACUCUCCAAUCCAGUGGAUGGGCCACGUAUACCAGGGACUGUCGGCACCCCACUCCCUGGCAUAGAGGUUCGAAUUACAAAAUCAGACCCAGCUGGGCCGGAAACAGAAGUAUUACUACAGGGUUCUUCGAAAGGAUUGGAAAAGAUUAAUGGUUCGAAUAAAGAAAUAGAUGGACAUCUUGAAGUCAGAGGUAGUGGAAUUUUUCGCGAAUAUUGGAAAAAGCCUGAAGCUACAAAAGAGGCGUUUACAAGAGACGGAUGGUUCAAAACUGGGGAUAUUGUACAAUACGAAAAUGAAGUGUUUAAAAUCCUUGGACGAAGUUCGGUAGAUAUUAUUAAAACUGGGGGUUACAAGGUCAGUGCACUGAAUGUAGAAACUGAGAUUCUUAGUCACCCGAAAAUUCAGGAUUGUGCUGUGAUUGGUUUGCCGGAUACCACAUGGGGCCAAAAAGUAGCUGCUAUUGUCGUAUUACACCCAGGAAAGGAAUUAAUUUUAUCAGAACUUCGGGAGUUCGCCAAGAAAUUGCUACCCAAUUAUGCCGUUCCCACAGUCCUGAAAGUAGUUGACGCAAUACCGAAAAAUGCUAUGGGAAAAGUGAACAAGGUUGAUCUUUUGAAAACUGUAUUCCCUGAAAAUAAAAUGUAAAAUUUAACGUGUCUCUGCACUGAUUACAGUAAUUUAGCAAGUAUAACACCAAGUUGAAUUUGAUUUUCUCUCAGGCAAUUCAGAAUAAAUUUAUUUUUCAUCGGUUAUGAGUAGGAAAACAUCAAUUACAAUUAGAUGAAUCGAUCACAACACGCGUAUUUAUGUGCCUAGCCAUACUAAAAUAAUAAUGCUCAUUCACGUCGAUGUUAAAUUAUCCAUAUACUUUAUUUGCGUUGCAUUUAUUCAGAACAUUUAGAACAUUCAGAAGCCUUAGGAAUAUGGAUAAAAAACAUUAUAGUAUCGUUAAUCUUGGUUCGGGUACAUCGACAAUGAGUUGUUUGAAUGGCGGCACAUUGCGAUCAUCGCCUGUUUAUUAUACCUGCCACGUUGUUGUUUAUAAUUAUAGUGAUUAUAAAAAAGUAUAAAUCAAACCUAUUUAUCAAUUUAGAAAGUCGAACUGCAUCUAUUUGAAAAACACAGAUGUACCUAACCAAUGAGCAUGAUAGCUGCUUUCAUGAUGAAGAAAUUGUAACAGGCUUGAAAAGCUGACUACCUUCCACUUCAUUUGUAGCGCAACGUAGUCAUCUAAUUUCGAUGAAGUUUUUAGCCGUUUGAUGAAUUGAUCAUUAAUACGCUUAAUGGUAAACACAUCUAUGAUUAUAAGUCUUUCAAGUAUUAAAUUAAAGUUGUUCAACAAGCAUGCGUUUUGUAUGAUGGAGCGAAAUGUGAUAAAAGACUAGAGAAAGGAGGAUUUUUGUUUCUAAUCAGGAGUAUUCAGCAUACUCAUCAAGAUGAAUCUCCAGUAUGAGAUGGUUGAGUUAGUUGUACAUCUAACU